AUGGAAUCCACCAUGAUGCCUCCGGCCAUGAGCCAAGCUCCCUUCUACUACUACAGCCCCGAGUCCAAGAACGAGGUGCAGCAACACGGCCACUUCUCUCCCCAGCAGCCCAUGCAGCACCAGCAGCAGCAGCAGCACAUCAUGUAUCCCAUGGUCCCGACACUGCCCUCUACACCCGUCUACUCGCGACCCAACUCGGCCAACUCGCAACCUCCCACCCUCUACAGCAAUGGCCCCGCGGUGAUGACCCCCACUGCCUCGCCUCAGCCCAUCUCUCACAAGUCUGCCAUGAUGCUGGAGCCUGAGAUGUACGAGAACUCGUACUUCCCUUCCACCCCACCACUGUCCACCUCUGGCAGCACUAUCGGCAGCCCCAACAGCUGUGAGGUGCUCCAGACCCCCAUGAACCCCAUGUUCUCGGGUCUGGAUGGAUUUGACGGUGUCAAGGAGUGCCUCGAGCCUGUUGAGGCCUCUGUCUUGGACUGGUCUAACUGCGGAUCUCCUCCCAUGACUCCUGUGUACCUUCAAUCUCAACUUGGCAAGGUCCCCUCGCUUAACACCACUACCAGCGACCUCCUGUCAACACCCUCGCUGUCUCCUUCGCCAGCUCCCUACGCGCGAUCUGUGACAUCCCCGGACUUGGAUGUGGACUUCUGCGACCCCCGCAACUUGACUGUCUCUGUCGGCGCAGCUGCCGCUCUCGCUCCCGAGUUUUCUUUGGCUCUGCCUGAGCAAGAGAUCAAGGUUGAGCAGGUCACUGUCAUCGCUGCCCCCAGCGCCCAGGCCGCCUUCGACUUCAACCCUGCCCUCCCUCACGGUCUCCCCACCUUUGAGGACUUCUCAGACCUCGAGUCCGAGGACGACUUCGUCAACAGCCUCGUCAACCUGACUGGCGAGCAGACCGCCAACGACAUUGGCCGACCCCGUGCAUGCACAGGCUCUUCUGUCGUCUCUCUCGGCCACGGCAGCUUUAUCGGUGACGAGGAUUUGUCUUUCGACGACAACGAGGCUUUCCAGUUCCCUACCCUGCCCAGCCCUCCCACUUCCGCUGUCUGCGAGGACAUCCACCAAGAGAAGCGUAUCAAGACCGACUGCUGCGCCGUGGCUCCCAUCAUGAACGUCGCUGCCAGCAACACCCAGUCUAGCGACGCCCAGGAGUGCUCCAACCACGCCGAUGCUGAUGGUGACUGCUCCGACUCCAACGCCUCUUCCGGCUCUGAGGGCACCCCUGCUGCUCUCCCCGCUCCUGCCAACCGCCGCGGCCGCAAGCAAUCCCUCACUGAGGAUCCCUCUAAGACCUUCGUCUGUGAUCUUUGCAACCGCCGAUUCCGCCGCCAGGAGCACCUCAAGCGACACUACCGCUCUCUCCACACACAGGAGAAACCUUUCGAGUGCAACGAGUGUGGAAAGAAGUUCUCGCGCAGCGAUAACUUGGCUCAGCACGCACGGACUCACGGCAGUGGCGCCAUCGUCAUGGACCUCAUUGAGGAAGGUCAAGUCCACAGCUAUGACUCCAGCAUGGUUUCACAAGCUACGUCAGACGACUACAGUACCUACGGCAAGGUUCUCUUCCAGAUUGCCUCCGAGGUGCCCGGCAGCGCUAGCGAGAUGUCUUCAGACGAGAGCAGUGACCUAAGCAAGAAGAAGCGCAAGCGCUCAGACUGA